CGUUGGGUGCAGAUAGAAACAAUCUGCUGUAGGGCUGCUGCAGGCAGGCGUGGGGCUCACAGGGGAUGGCCAGCGUGGAGCGGCUGCUUGGUGUGCCAGGGAUUUCUGGCCACUGCAGUUAGGUCUGAAGGCUUCACCUGCUGUAUUAAAGGGGCCUCCUGGUGUGGGCAUUGCUGGCUCUGCAACAUGGACUCACAGCACUGCAAAAUGAAUGGUGACUCUUCCCUGGAAUCUAGUUAUAUUGAAGACUCCCCCAAUAAAAAUGGUGUGAUUUCUUUGAUUUUCUCUCUGAAAGAAGAAGUUGGGGCAUUGGCUAAAGUCCUGCGCACAUUUGAGGAAAAAGGUAUAAACUUGACCCACAUUGAGUCCCGACCUUCCCGUCUCAACAAAGAUGAGUAUGAAUUCUUCAUUAACUUGGAAGGCAAGAAUGUCCCAGCACUGGACAAGAUCAUCAAGUCCUUGAGAAGUGAUAUUGGAGCGACAGUUCAUGAGCUUUCACGAACUAAGAAGAAGGACACUGUACCGUGGUUCCCAAGAAGUAUCCAGGAGCUGGACAGAUUUGCCAAUCAGAUCCUAAGCUAUGGAGCAGAAUUGGAUGCUGAUCAUCCUGGGUUCAAAGAUCCUGUGUACCGGGCCCGGAGGAAGGAGUUUGCAGAUAUCGCCUACAACUACAGACAUGGCCAACCUAUUCCUCGUGUCACCUAUACAGAAGAAGAAAAGAAAACUUGGGGCACUGUCUUCAGGGAGCUGAAGAGUCUGUAUCCAACUCAUGCUUGCUAUGAACACAACCACGUGUUCCCACUGCUGGAGAAGUACUGUGGCUACAGGGAGGACAAUAUUCCCCAGCUUGAAGAUGUUUCAAAUUUCUUGCAGAGCUGCACUGGCUUUCGGCUGCGCCCUGUUGCAGGCUUGCUCUCCUCCCGGGAUUUCCUGGCGGGGCUGGCGUUCCGAGUGUUCCACUCGACGCAGUACAUCCGCCACGGCUCCAAGCCCAUGUACACCCCAGAGCCUGAUAUUUGUCAUGAGCUGCUAGGACACGUGCCUCUUUUUGCUGAUCCCAGUUUUGCUCAGUUCUCCCAGGAAAUUGGACUGGCAUCUCUGGGUGCUCCAGAUGAUUUCAUCGAGAAACUUGCUACGGUUUAUUGGUUUACAGUGGAGUUUGGACUAUGUAAGGAAGGAGAUUCUCUCAAGGCAUAUGGUGCAGGGCUUCUGUCUUCUUUUGGGGAGCUGCAGUAUUGUUUAUCAAGUAAGCCUGAGAUUCAGCCUCUUGUCCUGGAGAAGACUUCUGUGCAGAAGUACCCUGUUACUGAGUUCCAGCCUAUCUACUACGUUGCUGAAAGUUUCAAAGAUGCAAAAGAAAAACUAAGGAAAUUUGCUCAAACAAUCCCUCGUCCUUUCUCUGUUCGCUAUAAUCCCUACACACAGAGGAUUGAAGUCUUGGACAAUGCAAAGCAGCUGAAGAACUUAGCUGACACCAUCAAUAGUGAGAUUGGGAUCCUUUGCAAUGCCCUCCAGAAGAUCAAAUGAAGAUCUGCUGUAACCUGCUAGUGACUAGAAACUAUCAUGUGCAAGUGCCAGUCUUGAUCUAGCCUCAGUCUAUUAUCUUCUAAUGUACUGCAUUAACACUUAUGUUAUAUAUCUUAAUUGUUAGAGAUUAGCAGAGAAACAGAUGUCUAUAGGAGACUUUCAACUCUUCUGGCCUUCAGACACUAACCCAUUUUUUUCUCACUGAUGUAUAAAAAUUAUCUUUUUCCUGGGAAUCUGGGAGAAGUCCGCAUACAUUUUGUGCCAAAGGCUAGCAGAAGGAGAUCUUCCCCAUGCAGAGCUAUAAUCUGCUGCACCCAUGAGCUCUGAGACCAGGGGUGGGAUGUCAAUGAUGAACAGAUUGAUGCUCCUUGCCUUCUCUCACAGUCACUCUCCCUUCAGCGCCUCCCAGUUGUCCAAGAUUCCCAUGGAGUCUGAAACUCUAUACCUUUUGGGGUAUACAGGGAGAUUUUUCAGGGUACAAAGGGAGAUUUCUCUUCAUGGACAUAUGCAGCUACUCACAGUGGAUGGCUGAUGUGUGAAGGCCACAUUUUUUUGUGUGUGUGUCCUUCCCUGAGAAGUGUCUCUUAGCUUUCUGGUCUCACAAGGUGGAAAGCAGCACCUUGGAAAGGGAGAGGAAGAAGCCUGUUACAAUGCAGCUGAAGAUGACAGAGCCUCCCAACUCCUAACUCAGUGCAUCUGUGGCUGGAGUCCCCACCAAAGCCAUGGAAGACCUGGGUCAGCUCUGUCCCAGUCUAACUGCAUUCAAACCCAAACAUGUUAUCUUUCAAGACAGGUCCUAAGUAACAACACCUUUUUGUAUCUCCACUGCCCAUCUGAGCUUUAAUCUCCCUUUUUUUAGGUGAAAGCAGUUUUGUUUUUCCUGGAGUAUAUGUCAGCUGAGUCAGCAAAUGGAACCAAAGGUGGCUCCAGCUUAACUCAAUGGCUGAGCAUGGAGAGAGGAGUUUUGCUGUUCAGGAAGUUGUUUCUGUAUUUAUCCAAUAAAUUUCACUCAAAUCAGCUAAA